CUGCUGCAGUGUUUGAAGCUUGGCGCUCUGUCCCGCACAACAGCCAGCACGCAGAUGAAUGCCCAAAGCUCCCGCUCGCACGCCAUCUUCACCAUCCACCUCUGCCAGAUGAGAGUCUGCCAACAGCCACAAAUGCAGAAUGGAGGAGCGGAGAAUGGGGAAUUGAAUGGUGUGGACUCCGGCUCCAUCGCCCAGCCAGAGUUUGAGGCACUAAUGGCCAAGUUUCACUUUGUUGACCUGGCCGGCUCUGAGAGGCUGAAACGUACAGGAGCUACAGGAGAAAGGGCCCGUGAGGGGAUCUCCAUUAACUGUGGCUUGCUGGCCCUGGGAAAUGUGAUCAGUGCUUUAGGGGACCAGAACAAGAAGGGGGGACAUGUCCCCUACAGAGACUCCAAACUCACUCGACUGCUACAAGACUCACUGGGAGGCAACAGUCGCACAGUGAUGAUUGCCUGCGUCAGUCCAUCAGAUCGGGACUUCAUGGAGACGCUGAACACUUUGAAGUAUGCCAACCGUGCCCGAAAUAUCAAGAACAAGGUGGUAGUGAACCAAGACAAGACCAGCCAGCAAAUAAGCGCCCUGCGUGCUGAGAUAGCCCGGCUUCAGAUGGAACUGAUGGAGUACAAGACGGGGAAGCGUGUGGCAUGUGAGGAUGGUUCAGAGGGUUACAGCGAUCUGUGCCAGGAGAACGCCAUGCUGCAGAGAGAAAGUGACACGCUGCGGCUCAGGGUAAAGGCCAUGCAGGAGACCAUUGACCAUCUUAAUACCCGUGUAACACAUCUGCUGGCCAAUGAAGUCAGCACACUGCUCACCAAGUCAAGUGAGGGCAAUGAGGAGAUCGGGGCUCUAAUCCAGAACUACAUCCGAGAAGUUGAAGAACUUAGAUCCAAGCUUCUUGAGAGUGAGGCCAUGAAUGAGUCGUUGCGACGGCAGGCGACCCGACUUUCCUCUCGUUCUCCAUUCCCUUCUUCCACCCUCAGCCCCGUCCCGGGCCACCCUCCCGGCUCCUCCCCUGCUCCCAUGUCCAUGGAGGCAGAGAUGACAGAUGUGUUACGCCGAGCCAAAAUGGACAUAGAGAGACUGAAGAAGAAAGAAAGAAGGCAGAGGAGGAUGAGUCCGGAAUUGGAGAAAGGCUUAAAGAAACGAGUGAAACUGCACACCCAUGAGAACGGAGAGAAUGGGCAGAAUGGACAGAACGGAGAGAAUGGAGAGAUCGAUUCGGACGACAAUAACACUGAGGACAUCAUGUCUCCACUGCAGGAGGAGAGUGGUUGCGAUGAAGAUGAGGGGGAGGACGAGGAGGAAGGGAGGGAGGAGGACGAGUUUGACAGUGACGAGAGCCUGGUGGAUUCAGACUCGGACUCUGAUGAGAAAGCCAACUUCCAGGCGGACCUGGCUGACCUCACUUGCGAGAUCGAGAUCAAACAGAAGCUGAUAGAUGAGUUGGAGAAUAGUCAGCGCAGGCUGCUGAUGCUGAAGCUGCAGUACGAGGAGAAGCUCAUUCUGCUGCAGAACAAGAUCCGAGACACCCAGCUGGAGAGAGACCGCGUGCUGCAGAACCUCAUGUCCAUGGAGAACUACACAGAAGAUAAGGCCAACCGGAUCAAGCAGGAGUACGAAAAACGUCUCAAGGAGAUGAAUCGCGACCUGCUGAAGCUACAAGCUGCACAGAAGGAGCAUGCGCGUCUCCUUAAAAACCAGAGCAGGUACGAACGGGAGCUGAAGAAACUACAGACAGAGGUCAAUGACAUGAAAAAAGCUAAGGUGGCGCUCAUGAAGCAGAUGAAGGAGGAGCAGCAGAGGAGGAGGAUGGUGGAGGCUAAGAGGAACCGUGAAAUUGCCCAGCUCAAGAAGGAGCAGCGACGACAAGAGUACCAGAUCCGGGCACUGGAAUCUCAAAAGCGGCAGCAGGAGGUGGUGCUGCGCAGGAAGACUCAAGAGGUCACUGCCCUGCGGAGGUUGGCCAAGCCCAUGUCAGACCGUGUGGCUGGGCGUGUGGCUCGCUGGAACCAGACCCCCCCGGUUACGGACUCUGGAGCCGAGUUAUCAGCCAGCACUACAGCAAGCAGCUCUGAACCUGAGACUAGCAGGACUGUAAGCGGGCUGGUGCGGCAGUGGAACAACAAAAACAAUGUGUAUGGAUACAUGGCAGAGAGUGAAGGAAGCAUGGAUGGAACACGGGUCUUAGGAGGUAGAAAGAAGUUGCAGCGUAAGCCAGCGGGCCUGGGCAGUGUUGCUGCAGCGGGCAGACCCAGUAGCUUCUCCAAAUCAGCCCGUCAGAAGUGGCAAACCCUCGAGCGUCGCAUUAUGGACAUAGUCAUGCAGAGAAUGACCAUCGCUAAUGUGGAAGCUGACAUGGAUCGCCUCAUCAAGAAACGAGAGGAGCUGACGGCCCAGCAGGAGGCACUCUCACAUAAGAGGGAGGUACUAAUGGCGGAUGGGGAGGGGCCAGAAGCAGAGGACCGCCUCCUUCAGGAAAUCAAUGAGGACAUUGAGGUGCUGAACGCCAAUGUAGACUACAUAAAUGACAGCCUGUCUGACUGCCAGGCCACCAUUGUACAGAUAGAGGAGACUAAGGACGAGCUGGACUCAGUGGACACUUCAGUGGUAAUCAGCUCCUGCUCCCUGGCUGAAGCCCGCCACCUGCUGGAUCACUUUCUAAAGGCCUCCAUAGAAAAGAGCCUGCAGGUUGCUCUGAAGGAGAAUCAGAUCAGACUGCUGGAGGGCCAGCUGAGACAGACAGAUGUGAUUGGCUCCUCGCACAAUCACAUAAUCCUUGAUGCCCUGCGAGAAAAGGCAGAAUACAUCCCUGAACUCCAGGCUCUCAUCCAUAAUGUGCAGCAGGAAAAUGGUUACGCCAGCACAGAUGAAGAGCCCUCUGAGUUCAGCCAAGCCUCUGACAGCAGUGUAUCUCAAAUGAAAGAAUCCAACAGCCAGGAUGAUUUCAAAGUGAAGAUGGAGCCUCGUCUGUCGGCUCAGAUUAAAGCGGUGUCGGCAGAGUAUCUGGGUCCCAUCCUUGACCCCUCGUCAGGCAGCAAACAGCAGUAUAUUACCAAGUCUCUGGCCUCGCUGACAGACAUUCAGGAGGAUGGCCUUAGUCUGGCAAGAGGGAGCCUUGGGCUGAGCCUCUCCCUGCGAGACCCCUACCACAGGGAGCGUGCAUCCCGCACCAUCAGCCUGCCUAUCAGGGGACACACCUUUCCCAGGCAGUCUCGGGGUUAUGACACAUCCCCUUUAACAAGAAGGAAAUCUUACGACCGCGCGUACAGGCCAACUGAUGGCUAUACUCCCCCCUCCUCCCCUCCUCUGAGGACCAGGAACGACCGCAACGUCUUCUCCAGGCUCACCAGCUCCCAAACUCAAGGUUCCGCUCUUGACAAGGGUGUGAUCAAUCCCAUCGGGGGUGUGAAGGGGGGUCGAACAGCACCCCUUCAGUGUGUAUCUGUAGCUGAGGGCCACUCGAAGCCGGUGCUGUGUGUGGACGCCACAGACGAGCUGCUGUUCACUGGAUCUAAAGAUCGUACCUGUAAGAUGUGGAACCUGGUGACGGGUCAGGAGAUUGUCACCCUGAAAGGCCACCCCAACAAUGUGGUGUCAGUCAAAUAUUGUCCCUCCUCCUGUCUGGUCUUCUCUGUAUCCACCUCCUACAUCAAGGUGUGGGACAUCCGCGAUGCUGCCAAGUGUGUCCGCACGCUCACUUCAUCAGGGCAGGUGGUUUCAGGUGAUGCAUGUGCCAGCACCACCACCCGCACCAUCACCUUUGCACAGGGCGAGUGUCAGAUCAACCAGAUAUCCCUCAACCCAUCAGGAUCUGUCCUGUAUGCUGCUGCUGGAAACACUGUCCGCAUCUGGGACCUCAACAGGAUGCAAGCAAUGGGGAAGUUGACAGGCCACAUUGGCUCUGUCAUGUGUCUGACAGUGGGACAGUCUCUGCUGGGCAAAGACCAAGUAAUCACUGGCUCCAAAGACCAUUAUGUCAAGGUGUUUGAUGUGGCAGAAGGAACUCUGGGUAAUGUAGGCCCAGCUCAUAACUUUGAGCCACCUCAUUAUGACGGCAUCGAGUGUUUGGCUGUGCAGGGAGACGUGCUGUUCAGCGGGUCAAGAGACAACGGCAUCAAAAAAUGGGAUCUGGAGCAGCAGGAGCUCACUCAGCAAAUCCCAAACGCCCAUAAGGACUGGGUGUGUGCUCUGGCGUAUGUCCCGGGCCGACCCAUGUUGCUGAGCGCCUGCCGUGGUGGCAUGUUGAAGGUGUGGAAUGUAGACAACUUCACCCCGAUAGGAGAGGUCAGAGGUCACGAAAGCCCCAUUAACGCCAUAUGUACCAACUCAAGGCAGAUCUUCACUGCGUCCAGCGACAAGACAGUGAAGAUCUGGCUGUCAAAGGUGUGGAGGAAAAGGUGACAACAGAAGUGACAGUGGUUCCUCUGUCAGACAUCUUGCUGCAACUUCAGCCACCAAUCUGUGACCUCCUCACUUCU